CGCCCACAAAUAUUGGUCACGUGACUGGCCGUCGCCCAGGUUGUCUCGGGAAGCAUCCUGGUGUUCUAGCUGUUUUUGUCCUAGAACGUAAAGUGAGAUGUAAACAUUCUCACGAUGGGAGAGUCAUUCGCUUAAUUCCAGUGGACAGAAAGAAGGCAAUGAGCCAGUGUGACUGCCUUUUUGCAACAUUGCCUGACCGCUCCGUAUCUGAAGAGCGUUAAAAUGGCUAACCAGCCAGUAGCUGCUUAGCUAAUGGUUCAAACUUUGACGGACAGCUGCAGCGAUUCGCCUAACAACAUUUCUCUUUCUAACUGUUAUGAUCAUUACGAAACGCUGGAGGUUUUAACACGCCAUCCACUGCCGCUUUUUAAUGAUCAACCCGUCCUUUAAAAGUAAGAUCUAUUUUCCUUUUACCAAGUAACUAUCAGCUAUUUUAUGAAUAAUGACUAUGGAACAGCUAAUGCUAACAAUAGCGUCUUAAACUGUCCUGAUACCACAACGGAUAUUUUGGCUGGAGACGUCCCUUAAUUUUUACGACAAUAUUGUGGCUAACAUGAAUCGAAAUAGUGACACGUCUGUGUUUUCUUUUUGAUCACAUGAUUGAAUAAAAACUGCGAAACUGAUUUUUCCGGUGAAUUUAACGUCAAUGCAACAACACUAGAAGGAAAGCACAGCUGUCCUGUCAUUUCCGUAAUCCCCGUGUUCUUGGCAAUGAGACUACAGUAGAUUUUCUUUAUAUUGUGGAGUCUGAAUCAAAAACGACUGAAAACAAUAAAAAUCCACCUUCAUAUACUCAGUCUGUAGUCCCGUUUUAAAGUUAUGUCUGGGGACACAUCUGACAGUAGUGAUGACUCCGAUGGGAAAACAAAUGAGAAGGCCUGUACAGUCAUGCAUGAAAUCACCAAUGCCAACCUCACAGGUCACACCGAAAGGGUUGGCAUGGAGAACUUUGAGCUGCUCAAGGUUUUGGGCACCGGAGCAUACGGAAAAGUGUUUUUGGUGAGGAAGAACACCGGCCACGACGCCGGCCAGCUGUACGCCAUGAAGGUGUUAAAGAAGGCAGCCAUCAUUCAGAAAGCAAAGACGACAGAACACACUCGCACUGAGAGGCAGGUGCUGGAGAACAUCCGCCAGUCGCCCUUCCUGGUCACACUUCACUACGCCUUCCAAACUCAGAGCAAACUGCAUCUGAUCCUAGAUUAUGUGAGUGGCGGGGAGAUGUUCACCCAUUUGUACCAGCGGGAUCACUUUUCCGAAGAGGCGGUGCGUAUUUAUAUCGGGGAAAUAAUUCUGGCCCUGGAGCACCUGCACAAGCUUGGGAUCGUGUACAGAGACAUCAAACUGGAGAACAUCCUUCUGGACAGCGAGGGCCACGUGGUGUUGACAGAUUUCGGCCUCAGCAAAGAAUUUCUGGAAGAAGACAAGGGAAGAACCUACUCUUUCUGUGGCACCAUUGAGUACAUGGCUCCUGAGAUCAUCAGGGGAAAGACUGGCCAUGGGAAGACGGUGGACUGGUGGAGUCUUGGGAUCCUGAUGUUUGAGCUUCUGACCGGUGCAUCUCCUUUUACUUUGGAGGGAGAAAGGAACUCUCAGAGUGAGGUGUCAAAACGGAUUUUACGCUGCGAUCCACCGUUCCCCUCUAUGAUCGGAUCCGUCGCCCAGGACCUGCUGAAGAAGCUUCUGGUGAAAGAUCCCCACCGGAGGCUGGGCUCUGGGCCACGAGGAGCUGAGGACAUCAAAGCUCAUGCCUUCUUCAAGGGACUGAACUGGGCUGACCUUGCACAGAAGAAGGUGGCGAGCCCCUUCAAACCCGAGCUGAAGAAUGAGCUGGAUGUGGGGAAUUUUUCAGAGGAGUUCACAGGAAUGGAUCCCGUCUACUCCCCGGCGAGCACGCCUCCAAGCACAGACCGUCUGUUCCAGGGCUACUCCUUCAUCGCUCCUUCCAUCUUGUUCAAUAAAAACGCCGUCAUGGGAGAUUUUGUAGAAUCUCAAGUUGGAGCCGACCGACCAGCUUCUGCGUCGGUCCAGCACAGCGCCAUGUUAAAGGAGUCCCAGUUCUUCCUGCACUAUGACCUGGAUCUGCACAGCCCACCGCUCGGGGAGGGCAGCUUUUCUGUGUGCAGGAGAUGCAGACACAAGCAAACAGGCCACGAGUACGCCGUUAAGAUCGUCAGCCGCAGAAUGGAGGCAAACACUCAGAGGGAGAUCGCUGCCUUGAGGCAAUGCGAGGGUCACCCAAACAUCGUCAAGCUGUAUGACGUCUACACCGAUCAGUACCACACAUAUUUAGUGAUGGAGCUUCUGCUGGGUGGAGAGUUACUGGAACGGAUCAAGAAGAAGAAACUGUUUGACGAGGCGGAGGCCAGCCACCUGCUCCAGAGUCUGGUCUCAGCUGCCAGUUACAUGCACGAGGCUGGAGUCGUGCACAGAGAUCUCAAACCGGAGAACGUGCUGUUUACAGACGAUGGGGAGGACUCUGUGCUCAAAGUCAUAGACUUUGGAUUUGCCCGCCUGUGUCCUGCAGGUAGCGCCCCUCUGCAGACGCCCUGCUUCACCCUGCAGUAUGCCGCUCCGGAGCUGUUUGAAAGCGCCGGAUACGACAAGUCCUGUGACCUCUGGAGCCUUGGGGUCAUCCUGUACACCAUGCUGUCAGGCCAGGUGCCGUUUCAGAGCGAGCAGCGUGGGAUGACCUCAUCAUACGCUGCAGACAUCAUGCAGAAGAUUAAAGAGGGCGAUUUCUCACUGGACGGGGAUGCCUGGAAGGGUGUGUCAGAGGAUGCUAAAGAGCUCGUUAAAGGGCUAUUGACUGUGGAUCCAGAAAGUCGCCUCAAACUCUCUGAUCUGAAGGAGAACAGCUGGCUGCAGGGCGCCGUCUCCAUGUCUACCACUCCAUUGUGCACUCCUGAUGUGUUAGAGUCCAGCGGGCCAACCGUGCGCACCUACGUCAAUGCUACCUACAAGGCGUUUAACCGCGGCAAGAGAGAAGGCUUUUUCCUGAAAAGCGUCGACAAUGCUCCGCUCGCCAAACGACGCAAGCUCAAGAUGACGAGCACAGGCGUGGAGACCCGAUGGAGUUCGUCCUCUUCCUCCUCUUCUUCUUCCACUUCCUCCUCAGCCUCAGCAUCCAAAGAUCAGCGGAAGCAAACUGUGACGCCAAAGCAGAGCAAGUUAAAGUGACUCGCAGACGAGGCGUGGGUUUUCCAAGAACUGGUAACAGGUUGUCCUCUGGUGGUCCGCACCGAAGUCCAAAAUAAAACGCUGACGAAGCAGAAAACCGGUGGAUCCAAAAGGGUUUCAUUGCAAAUUGAAUUUCUUAAUAACAGCAACGCAUCUUCGUACUUUCUCCAUUUUGUCCUCAGACCAAAUGUGGGAGAAUUUAAUUCCUAGUCAGUAUUUGUUCAGCAGUUUUAUCUUAAAUCAAUGUGGCUACUAAACGGUGCCUGAGAAAGGGGAAAAAAGGAGCUAUACUUACGAGCAGAAGCCAUAAACGCAGCAAAGUCUCCAGUCCUUUUUGUGGGCUGAACAUUUAAAUCAUUUUUAACAAGAUCAAAGAUGUCAAACAAAAAAACUACCAUGUUUCAUUUGAGGACAAGCCUUCCUGUUUGCACUGCCAGUAGAAAAAAAAAGAUGAAAUUGUCCCCGAUUUGAAAAAGAUUUUUAUAUAUGUAUAAAAUUCUUAAUCACAUAAGAUGAAAACUGCUGUUCUGGAUAUUUUUGGGAUCUGGAAGCUGCUGCACGUCCAGAGCCCAGCGCUGAGUGGAACCCGUGGGAACAGCUGGAGUCGGAUGUGAAGCGGCUGCUGUUGUGAUAAAGUGUAAAAAACUGAUUAUCGUUGGAUAUUUCUAGCAUGCACAUCCACUGUAAGAAGAGUUUCUAUAUUUUGGUAUCCCUGAUAAAAGAUUUAUCCCUCGAACGCGCAGGAAGAGAUGGAGCAUUUGUUGAUUUAACACUUUUGAGUUUGAAAGUCAUUUUGGUCAUGCAGGGUUCCCGUAGCUCCAGCCUGUAGUUAUACAGUAAAAAACCUGCUGCCUAAUGACUGAAAGCAGCUUGCUCAGAAAUCACGGGGCCUUCUGUCUUUCUCCUGAGCUGAUAUGAAAUCAUUGUAUAGCUUUGAAAUUGAAACGGUGUUACAGAACGAGACACUUGUCCUGUGAUAAUGAUGUACAUAGGAGUCGUGAUUGGGAGUGAGGACUGUUGUAAUGAUUUCAGCUGUUUUAAUGGUAUUUUAACGUCUUGUUUUUAUUUGACUCUUUAAAUGUUGCACAGACAAGUUGAUCAAUUAAACACAUUUCAGCUUAAAUGGUGCUUUUGCUGAUAUUUAUUAUGCCCUUGGAUUUUAAUGUGGCUAUGGGGUUUAUCAUGAUUUGGCUCUUUGUGUGUGUGUGUGUAUGUGUGUGUGUGUGCACCAGAUGAAGCAUUAUGAGUUACUGUAUUACUUUCUUUCAUGGUUUCCCUCGAGCAUCUUUUUAAAAAAUCGGCCUGUUUGUGUUUGAGCUGAACCUUCCUUUCUUCAGAGCUGGUUUUAUUGUUGUUUUGUUGUUGUUGUUGCUGUGGUAGGUCCCGUUUUCUUUCCUCUCAUUGCUAUUUUGAUGCACUGUCACUGCUGUCGUAACUGGGAAAUGAUCAUUUGCACCAAGUUCUUAUUUUCAUUUUAUUAUUUUGUUUGGUGCUAAAUAAACAUUACUUUAAAAUAA